AUGACCCUGCUCCUUGGUCUCCCCCCUCCCUUCGGGAACUGGCGUGCCCCGCGGCCAGCCCCCUGGACCCAGCCCACACGGGUAUGCCCACUCGGCCGGCGCCUGCGUCCCAACUCCCGCGCAUCGGCGACCGCGACCUUGACCCCUUCUCUCACAAUCCUGCCGGCAUGUUUGCCGGACCAGACACCUUCCGCGGAUACCGCCCGGGCGCCGACGGCUUCCCCGCCCGGCCGCCCGGGGUUCCGCCGGCCGCCCGCUUCGACCCCUACGCCCCGCCUGGGGCUCCGGAGCCGGUGCCCAACUGGCCAGGGUCCACCGGUGCCGGGGGGGCCAAUGCCUCGCGCAAUGGCCACCCGGAUCAGGUGUACUAUGGCGCCGGGCAGCCCGGCAUGGGGGCCGGCUUCAGCAUCACCGGCGAGCCUGAUCCCGAUCACUUUACUCCGCCCGGGGUGCAGUUCCCCGGUGCUGCUGGUGCCCGUCCCGGUGCCUUCCGUCAGCACCCUCCCCCGGGUCCGGGCGGGCGCUUUGGCCCCGGCGGCAGCCUUGGUGGUGGCGGCUUUGGCGGCUUCAUGUGA